AUACGCCAAGAAACGUGAAACGUAAUGCUCAUUUGCAUACAAUUAGAGGCGUAGCUCUGCAAGUGCAAUAACUUGCCGUCUGCUGUGUUUACUCGGUGGAAAAAAUCUACUAUUACAACGUCUAAUAAGCAAAACAAGUUAUUGGUGUUUAUUUUAAUAUGCGUAUGCUCAAAUUUUUUAAAAAUAAACAAGAAUAUGAUAUAAUUUCGGUAAACAGUAAUAAAAGGUUUGAAUGAUCUAUUUAAAUUAAUACCAUUGGCAAGAAAGUUGUACUCAAAUGAAAUUGACCGCUAACAACAACAAAUUGCACUUCAUUUACAAUGUGUUGCGGCGCAGCAUUUGGCGCCAACCGAGCUGCUUAUUUAUGUCAAUGAAUUAAAGCAUAGGAUAAAGUGUUGCAACUAAAAGCUACAGGCAAUGAAAAGGAAACGCCACGAGCCGAAUUCAAAAAUGAAGCUAAAACACUGGCAUUUAAAUGUAACUGGUUAACCAAAAACACAAAGAGAGAACUUAAAUAAGUCACGAAUUCGAAAGAAACAGAAUUGCUCGAAACAUAGAAUAAUUAAAAACAAUAAACAAAGACAAAAUAAGGAGCAGCGCGCUAAAUUCGCUAAACCACCAAAAACUACAACAAACCAAUACAAAAUAAACGAAAGUGUACGUAUACGCCGCCAUCUGCUAACAACAUCUAGAGCGUAGACGGGCGCACAGGAGACGGAUACUGUGAGUGCAGACAAAUUUGGGUCAAAAGUUGAGUGAGCGUGACGUCGUCACUCGCUAAGCGUCGGCUAAACGACGCCGCAACGACACCGACACCAACACAAACGACGACGUCUACCACCGUAUAACAAGGAAAAUGUUAAGCAAAACACAAAAGCUCAUACUUGGCAUCGUAAUAUUGUUGCUGGUCGAUGUGAUUUGGGUAACAUCCAGUGAACUAACUAAGUUUCUCUAUGAAAAUGAAAAAUUCGAUAAGCCGUUCUUUUGCACCUACUUUAAGACUUCAAUGUUUGCAAUCUAUUUGGUUGUAAUUGGUUUGGUAACACCCUGGCGUGAGUCUUGUGAACGACAAAAUGGUAGCUACUCGGUUAUGGAUCAAGUGGCUGACGACGAGAACUAUUACUCAACCAAUCCAUCACUGAGUGACCCCACAUUCAUACCGAUACGUUCGAGUGGUGCCAUCUCUGGCACCGAGAGCGAUGAUUCCAGCAUACGCAGUGUGCGUUUUAGCAAACUGGCUGAGGUGCGUGAAAUGUCCGCACACGAGGCAACGGAGGCGUUAAUGGCGCGUCUCUCCUAUGCGGCAAGCAUACGCAUACAUAGACAAAAAUCACAUCACAAGACCGCAAAGACAGCAUUACUCUUCUGUGUGCUGUGGUUUGUCGCAAACUAUUUUUUCCAACUUUCGCUAGAGCUUGGUGAAACCGCUAUGGUCACUUUGUUAAGCUCUUCAUCCUCUUUAUUUAUACUUGUGCUAGCGGCGUUUUUUCCCUCUGCUGUCGGUGACAAAUUUACAAUAACCAAAAUUAUUGCAGUGGCGCUAAAUAUUGGUGGAAUUGUCACUGUCACCAUUACCGACAUACACGAUGCAAGGUUUUCACGCGGUGCACUCUUAGCACUUUUUAGUGCUUUCUUCUAUGCCGCUUAUUUGGUUUUUGUGAAACGAAAAAGCGACACUGAGGAAAAAGUUGACAUUCCACUAUUUUUUGGUUUUGUUGGUCUUUGGAAUCUACUACUCAUGUGGCCAAUAUUCUUCAUAUUGCAUUUUUUAAAGAUUGAGCAAUUUGAACUACCAAAUCAAAAUCAAUUUGCUAUACUAUUUUUAAAUGGUUUAGUUGGUACUGUGAUCUCAGAAGCGCUUUGGUUAUGGGGCUGCUUCCUCACCUCUUCAUUAAUUGGCACUAUUGCCAUGUCGCUACAAAUACCACUCUCCAUUGUGUUUGAUGUCGUUUUGAAGCGAAAACCAUAUUCACCUAUGUUUUAUAUGGGUUCGAUACCAAUAUUUUUGGCGCUAAUGUUGGUGGCAUUGUUAAUGCGCAAUGACGACUCAGAUCCUUUAAUGAGGCUAUUUAAGGCGAUUUAUAGGAAAUUGUGUCGCUGUCGCAAGCCAAAUAUUGUCAGGAUUAACGAUGAAGAGCAGCAGGAAUCGCUAAUUGGCAGCAAUGACUGAAUUAUCUUCCAGUAAUUAUGCUCACACUAUAAAUAAGUGAAUAUGUAUAUGCAUAUAUA